GGGGUGGGUGAAGGAGCGCGUGGUGGAAUUGGUUCGGUAAAAAAGUACGGAAAUCGCGGUAAUUUGGUGUAAAAUCCUUCAAAUCGAAGUUGAGUUGGGAUCGCAACUCCGGGAAAUUGCGGCCAAACUCCCGCGUGAACGAUGGCGAGGAUUCCGGCAGAAGAAAAUGGUGCGGAAAAGUUUCCCAAGCAAACGCCGUUUAAUCUUGGCGACCUGGUGACCGACCGCACCAAGAUCCUGACCGACGCCGAACGGGUACAACUCGAGGAACAGAACAAACGCAUGGUCACGGACUUCCAGGCACAAAAACUAGAACGGGAAGCCCGCAAACAUUGGGAUUUGUUCUACAAACGGAACGAAACCCGCUUCUUCAAAGAUCGUCACUGGACCACGCGCGAAUUUACGGAACUGUUGUCGGCCCGGUGUCCGGCUGUGGUCGGUGAUGCUCCGCUGGAGACCGACGGCCAACCACCGAACACCACGAAAACUCUUCUGGAAAUAGGUUGCGGAGUGGGAAACCUGAUUUUCCCGCUGAUCGAAGAAGGCCACCGGAAUUUCUUCAUCUACGCUUGCGAUCUGUCGCCACGUGCUGUGGAGCUGGUGCGGAAACAUAACCUCUACGAUGACCGGUACAUGAGCGCGUUUGCCUGCGACAUCACCACGGACGAGGUGUUUGGUACACUUACGGAACAUUCGCUCGACAUCGCCACCCUGAUUUUCGUUCUAUCGGCCAUUCAUCCGGACAAAUUCCGAGUCACGCUGUCCAACAUCUACCGGCUGAUGAAACCGGGAGGUGUCGUUCUGUUUCGGGACUACGGUCGAUACGACAUGGCGCAAUUACGGUUCAAGCCGGGUCACAAGAUAGCGGACAACUUCUAUAUGCGCCAGGAUGGUACGCGUAGUUACUAUUUCGCUGAGGAUGAAGUAUCGGCGCUGUUCCGAGACGUUGGCUUUGAGGUGCUGGUGAAUAGUUACAUCCAUCGGCGUACGAUCAAUCCAAAAGAGAACAUCGAUGUGCCACGGAUUUUCGUACAAGGAAAGUUUCGGAAACCAGAUUGAACCGCAAUCUCCGUACAAGCUCGCGGAUAGUUGGUAUCAUAUGCAUUGCUUGGAGAAGUAGGAAUUCUGCUAAUGAGAGCCCAGAGGUAUGCUGUAUCUAUAGUCUGCAAAGCAUGGAAUCAUCUUUUCUUGAUCAAUCGCAGUCGAUUAUACUGAGAUCAACAUUAAUUAGAUUUUGAGCCCGUGGGCCAGUAAGAUGACCAGAUGUGGCAACGCGACACACGGGAAGCGUAUCGAAUGAAGGGGUCACGAUGCAGCAAGCAUAGCAUGCCUAGGAUCUAGUAUGCUGCGAAUAUGAGAAACAUUCGACGCAGUAAGCCGAAGGUUCUGGAGGCUGCCACCUGCAUCAUUUUUCCUAUACACAUAUUGUUGUAUGUGCUGGGUGCUCCGGGCCGAUUUUCAAUACACGGAAGUUGGUUUUUAAACCAUUGAAAGCAAACAGGACAGGACGGUGGAAGCGUUAGAAAAUCAUUGGCAUUGUAGUGAAUCAUCGAACAAUAUCUGUUCGUGCGGCGCAGUUGGCCAAAGAUGCUGAAUCGUGAAUCAAGCGUAUAUGCGAUUAUUAUCAGUUGAUCGGAGAAAACACGGCAGUUCGCUUUUUGAAAUAAAACAAUGAUGCUACGAAAAACAUUCA